UCGAGAUAACGUUAGCAUACGCGUAGAUAAAUAUACUACUAAUGGCUGAGUGGCCGUAUACGGGCGCUUGUCCUUUAUAAUACAUAAGUUACUUUUAAAAGUAGUUGAAUGCUUAAGGGAGUAGCAGGUGAACUAGCUUAGAAGGUUAGCCCCGAGUAGGCUUUGGGUUCCAAUUGUAACACAGCUUUCAGAUAAGCUCCACCCACUCGCCGUUUCUAUUGGUCGGGGUUUUCUGGAGUCAUGUGUCAUCACCGAGUUGAAGGCUUGCGAAUGGCUUCGCAAUCUGUCGAUCACCUUAUUCCCCACUUGUUGCUAGGGAGAUUGCUCCAUGCUAGCCAAAAUACCAGCGGAGGUACCUGUCACUUUCGAGGGUAAACAAGAGACGCGAGCUGACAAGCUAACGUGACAUCACCCUAUGUCGUUGUAUAACAAGGUGGUUAUUGAUGUGUAAUAGCGUAGCCGGUUCUCAAAACACAAGCCAUCUAACGGCUAACGUCAUAAGGCAUAGGCGCAGCUGUGCGUGAGGAGGGAGGGUCCCUGUCCGCUACCUAGCGUUGUGGCUGGUGCUAGCCUUCCUCGACUCUCCCAUUCACCUUCAGCAGCACCCACUAGAAGUAGUUGUCCUGUCAAGGGUAGGGUGAUGCCGAAAGCUCCUCUGGUCUGCUGAUUUUUUUUUACUCAAGGCAUUGCGCCAUCACUUCUUUAAACUUUGGGAGGAUGGAGUGGAUGCAGUCUGCUAGCAAGUCCUGAUCUUUUUUGUUUGUGUGUGUGUGUGUGUGUAUAUCAUCAACAUGGAUUUAAUGCAAAUGUAGGAAUGGGAAGAUGAGAACCUAAUGAAGAACAAAGCUUUGGGCACAAACUGGACUCCCAGAGGAAACCCAUCUAGGAUUCUACAUGCCUUUUAAACAAACCGCAUCCUGUUGAAGUCCCUUUCCCCUUCUGUAACCACUUUUUUUUAUGCUCAUGUAUCCCUCUUCUCGUACGAGAACAGAAGUAUCGAUUCACGCUAGUUGGCCCCGUUUUUGUUUUUUCCUUUUUUAAUUUCCCCUUUUGUUCCUUUGUAAAGAAAUGCUUUACCUGAAAAAAUACUUCACAGAGGGCCUGAUUCAGUUCACCAUCCUUCUGAGUCUCAUUGGGGUGCGGGUGGAUGUUGACACCUACCUAAGCAACCAGCUGCCCCCACUGAGAGAGAUCAUCCUGGGCCCGAGCUCAGCCUACACCCAGACACAGUUUCACAACCUGCGCAACACCCUGGACGGCUAUGGCAUCCAUCCAAAGAGUGUGGACCUGGACCAAUUCUUUACCACUCGGCGACUGCUGAAUCAGGUGCGCCAACUGGAUCGCCUCUCCGUGCCCAGUACAGAGCUCAACACCUGGCUGGUGCACCGCGACGCAGAGACUGUGGUGUCCACUGGUAGCCAGUCCAGCCCCAGCAUCACCCUGGACAAUGGGGGCGGCCUAGAGGACGUCAACAACCCUGACGGUACCCCGGCCAUGAGGGGAGGAAGUGGAGCACCUGAAUCCACGGACAACAGCCUGGGGGCCGUGGCCCCGGAGGGAAACCAGGAGCAGGGCAGCAGGGACGCCAACGACGACCUCAGCAAAGAGGAUAUUGACUUGAUAGACAUCCUAUGGAAGCAGGACAUCGACCUCGGCGCCGGAAGAGAAGUGUUCAACUACAGCAACCGUCAGAAGGAGAGCGAGGAGGAGAAGCCCAGCGACCCACACCAGAAAAAAGACGCCAACGAGGACCAGGAGAGCUGGAGAAACGGAGUCAACUUGCAAGAGGCUCAGCCCGUGGACGGGGAGACCGGAGAGAGCAUCCCGGAGCAGCUCCCAGGUCUGGGCUCGCAGACUUCCCUUUCUCUACAAGAAUGCCUGAGGCUUUUAGAGGCAACUUUCCCCUUUGGAGAAGAAUCUGAGUUUGCAGCCCCGGUUGUGACCACGGAAACCGUUUCCAGUGAGGAAGUUCCUUCCACGUCUCAUGGCCUUCCUCUGGCGCCACAGCUGCCCCCUGCGGAGCCUCAGUUAGACCUGGAGCAGCAGUGGCAAGACAUCAUGGCCAUCAUGGAGCUGCAAGCGAUGGAGGUGAACAGCUCUUCACCACACAGCAACUCCAGCAGUGACAGCGGAUCGAGCGGCACGACGGAGUCCAGCGGCUCGGGAAACUUUGGACUCUCGACCGGGCCAACGCCCGUGAACCAGGACGUCAGCCUCCACCAGGCCUCCCUCCCCAGCUGCAGCCAGGACUUCCCCGAGGUUUUCAACCCCCAGUUGGACCUUACGAGCAUCGCCCCGCGGGCCGCCAUGCUCAGACCUUCCUCCAGCAACUCCAGCAACAUCAACUCCACGUUCGGAGCCACCAACCUGACGGGGAUCUUUGUCCCACCGCACAUCAACAGCUCCAGCACCAACAUCACGUCCACGCCCAUCCUGCCCGACCCGUUCAGCAACCUGCUGGAGGAGUCCAUGCUGGAUGAGAUCAGCCUGCUGGACCUCGCCAUGGAGGAGGGCUUCAGCCAGGCCCAGGCGUCCCAGCUGGAGGACGAGCUGGACUCUGACUCCGGUCUGUCCCUGGACUCCAGCCACAGCCCGGCCUCCCCGAGCAGCUCCGAGACCUCCUGCUCCUCUGCCGCGUCUUCGUCCUCCACGUCUGCCACCUUCUCCGAGGAGGGGGCCGUGGGCUACAGCACCGACUCCGAGGUGGCCGCGGCGGAGGCCGAGGAAGGCGCCGUGGGGGGUUUCCAGCCCGGGUUCAGCAAGCUGUGCCGCAUGAGCUACCAGGACCCCUCCCAGUUCCACGGCCUGCCGCAGCUCGGCGGCGUCGGCCACAAUCACACCUACAACCUGCCGCUCUCCUCGCCGUUCGCCGAGCACCCGGAGCUCCCCCUCGCCGACGGGAAGAAGAGCGUUCGCGACAAACACUCCAAGUUCCAGCCGGCGCAGGAUCUGCUCGACAAGCACGCGAGCCGCGACGAGCGCCGCGCCCGCUCCAUGAAAAUCCCCUUCUCCAACGAGAAGAUCAUCAACCUGCCCGUGGAGGAGUUCAACGAGCUGCUGGCCAAGCACCACCUGAGCGAGGGCCAGAUGGCGCUCAUCCGCGACAUCCGCCGCCGCGGCAAGAACAAGAUGGCGGCCCAGAACUGCCGCAAGCGCAAGCUGGACACCAUCAUCAACCUGGAGCAGGGCGUCCACGACCUGCGGCGCGACAAGGCCCGCCUGCUGAAGGAGAAGAUGGAGUUCAUCCGCUCCAUCCGCCAGAUGAAGCAGAAGAUGCAGAGUUUGUACCAGGAGGUGUUCACCCAGCUGCGGGACGAGGAGGGCCGUCCUUACCCCCCCAGCGAGUACUCGCUGCAGUACAGCGCCGACGGCAGCGUGCUCAUCAUGCCCCGCGGCGUGACCACCGGCGAGCAGCAGCGCAAGCCCGAGAAAAAACAAAAGGACAAAAAGAAGUGA